AUGGGCACCACCGAAGACCUUUCUCUGGCCAGGAAGCCGAAGAAGAUGCCCAUUGACAGGGCUGAGUGGGGAAGUUAUUUUGAUGAAAGUGGCCAUAUUCUAAAAUCCCAAGAGUUUGUUUCAUCCCAGAUCUUGGAGAAGGGUCUGGAUCCCUUGGUGAGAUCAGAAGCGUGGAAGUUUCUCACGGGCUACUACUCAUGGCAAACAUCACAUGAUGAGAGACUCACCAUUGAAAGUAUGAGAAGGAAAAGUUAUGAAUCCUUGUGCAACAUGUGCGACAAAAUCCAACCGCUGCUGGAAACAGAACACCGGGAUUUCAUGGAUGUCCGCAACUUCAUCAAGUCCGAUGUGCAAAGGCUUUACAUCAAAGAUGCCCAGGGCAACACAAUGGUGGACAAAGGCCAGCUGGAAAAAAUUCUUCUGCUGAAUUACAUGUGCAACGUGGAGGCUGAGUAUCAGCAGGGUUUCCACGAGAUGCUUCUACUCUUCAGGCUGCUUGUGGAAAAGGAGCAUGAAAUCUAUUGGCUGUUCCAGUUCUUUCUCCAGAAAACAGAAAAUAGCUGCAUCAUGAACAUCGGAGUGGGGAAGAACCUGGCCAUGCUAAGAUCCUUGAUUGCUUUUAUGGACCCCGACUUUUCAAAGCAUCUGGAAAGAAAGGGCCAAGUAGUUCAGUCCUUGUUCCCAUGGUUCUGUCUCCUCUUCCAGCGAGUCUUCAGGACUUUUGAUGAUGUCUGGAGACUCUGGGAGGUGUUUCUAACUGGAAUGCCUUGCAGAAACUUCCAGGUGAUGGUAGCUUACACAAUGCUCCAAAUGGUGAGAGACCAGAUCGUCCAAGAAGACAUGAGUGGAGAUGACAUUUUAACGCUAUGCAAUAAUCUCAUAGAUCUGGAAGCCAAUGAGUUGAUAGCCAAAGCUUGUACCACCUAUGAGCUUCUCAUGAAACAUGAAAAAAAGGUUCCACAGGAGCUGCAGGAGUUCUUCGGCCAGCCACAGCAAUAAAGAGGCUGUGUUCUAAGUAGAAAUAUUGAAGCGAUCCAG